AUGCUGCGCCGAAUCCAAAAGAAACGUCCAACAAGUAGCCAAGGAGGAGCCACAGCAAAGUCAUUGUCCAAGGAAACUUCUUCUGCAAUGGAAGGGUCUGAUCGCUACCAGAUGCUGAAGCAUCACAAUGAUGCUUCCCCAGAUUGGGUGACUGAUAUGAUUCUCCAGAAGACUGACAGUCCACCAGUCAAGGCAUAUGUGGAUGGAAAGCUUCGCCGCAGUGAAGAUUACUACCCCAGACUUGUUGUUGUCGAAGCUUUUCGUGUCACUCGCUCAUACGGGAAGGGAAAAAACCAAAUGCCGGUCAUCGUGUAUGAUCUUGUUCUCAUGGAUGGAUCUGAGACAUUCAUCAAGGCCGUGACGAACAGUGCACUCUCUUCUUUGUUGAAGCGACAGGAUAUUAUGAGUGGUACAACGUUGGUCCUGAAGGAAUACCGAGUCCUCCAACUCCAUACUGGAAAUGACUGUGAGUGGAAGAAGUGCUUGUUGUUGAAGAACUUUGACUGGAAGCUACCACCCGAUCGCCCAAUCAUUGAACCAGUCGGUGCUGGAAUCAAACCAGUGGCACGCCGAAUCAAUUUCGGUACUGAGUCGUCCAACAUAGUGGACACUGAAGAGACCACCCCCCACAGCAUCUGCUAUGAUCGAGCAAGCGCUUUAUACUGUCGCAACAGUGGAAUGGUGCUCUUUACGGAGCCAACCCAUGUUGACUGCCCAACAGUCCCGAAUCCCCAGAAGUUGGUAAACUUCUCUCACUCGGUCCAGAGUUUUGCAAAAGGUGAAUGGAUUCUGCAUAAGCGAACUCAUACCAACUGGAUCGACUUUGUCUUGCAUGAGUGCCUCCCAGCCGACCGUAAGCUCUGGGUGGAUCCCAUGUGGCAGAUUCCUCCCAAGUAUGGGUAUGGCGAGAUGGAUGAAGACAACAGCUCUGUCGAAUCAGACGCAAAGUGUGAGUGUGUGUCCAAGCAUGGUAUGGAGUCUUGUGUUGUCAAAAUGAUCCGGCCACGUACCUUGGACGCGAACCAGAUCUUCUUGUCUUGCUCUCGCCGCUUUGCUGCCACCUCUGAUGCAAACUUCUUCAGCGAUUUGGAACCCAGACACAAGCGUUGGUGUAUGUACUGGUGGUAUGCAGUCAAUGUUUACCAGAUCCGUGGUAGCCGUUCGCCUCUGCCAUCUUGCUUUGUUGAUAAGAUCCGCGCACUUUACCCUAACAAAAACGGAGAGCCUCACGUUGGAUUUGUGGCGAGUAUUUGA